CAUAUCUUCUUUCUCCUCCUCCAAAAAAACACACCAGCCAUGGCGGCUGCCACCGAGAUAUCAAUCGAACCAGUGCACAUCCUCGUCUUCCCUUACCCAGCACAAGGCCACUUAAUCCCUCUCCUCGACUUCACCCACCACCUCGCCGCCCGCAGCGCCGGCCGUCUCAAAAUCACAAUCCUCGCCACCCCUAAAAACCUACCGCUCCUCCAGCCCCUCCUCUCCCGCCACCCUUCCACCAUCCAGGCCCUCACCCUCCCUUUCCCUCCCCACCCUUCCAUCCCUCCCGGCGUCGAGAACGCCAAAGACUUCCCGCCGAACCCUUCCCACAAACCCGGCGGCGUCCACCUCCUGAUGAUAGCCGCCCUCGGCGGCCUCCGCUCCCCUCUCCUCCGCUGGUUUCAGUCCACCCCUUCCCCUCCUUCCGCCAUCAUCUCCGACAUGUUCCUCGGCUGGACCCACCGCCUCGCCUCCGACCUCGGCAUCCCUCGAGUCGUCUUCUCCCCUUCAGCCGCCGUCACUUUAUCCGUCGUCAACUACCUCUGGCGAUACAUGCCUGUCCUCCCCGAAGACCCCGAUUCUCCCUUCCUGUUCCCUCAGCUCCCCAAUUCCCCCGCUUGGCCCACCUCCCAGCUCUCCUCGAUCUACCGCUCCUACGUCGCCGGCGACCCUGUUUCCGAAUUCAUCAAAGACGGAUUUCUCGCCAAUAUGGAAAGCUGGGGAGCUGUUUUCAAUUCGUUCCACGCGCUGGAAUCGAAGUAUCUCGAUUACUUAAAAAAGGAAUUGGGGCACGAUCGGGUGUGGGCGGUGGGACCUCUACUCCCUCCCGCCGCCGCCUCCGGCGGCGACGGUAACGGUAAGGAUAGAGGCGGGGCCAGCUCCGUCUCGGUUUCAGAUCUCGAGGCGUGGCUGGACAGCUGUCCCGAUGACAGAGUCGUGUACGUCUGUUUCGGCAGCGAGGCCGUGCUAACGGCGGAUCAGACGGCGGCGCUGGCCUCGGGAUUGGAGAAGAGCGGGGUCCGCUUCGUGUGGAGCGUGAAGGGCGGGGGAGCGGGACACGUGGCGAGGGAGUUCGAGGAUCGGGUGGCGGGAAGAGGCGUGGUGAUUCGGGGGUGGGCCCCGCAGGUGACGAUACUGAGCCACCGCGCCGUGGGCGCGUUCCUGACUCACUGCGGCUGGAACUCGGUGCUGGAAGGGAUCGUGGCCGGGGUGGCGAUGCUGACGUGGCCGAUGGGCGCGGACCAGUUCAUCGACGCCACGUUGCUGGAGGAGGAGCUCAAGGUUGGGGUGAGGGUGUGCCAAGGGAAGAACUCGGUCCCCGACUCGGCCGAGCUGGCGCGGCGGCUGGCGGAGAUGAUGGCGGAGGAGGAGGGCCGGGAGGAGAGGAAGCGGGCGAAGGAGCUGAGCCGGGCGGCGGUGGAGGCCGUUAGAGAUGGCGGGAGUUCGACCGGAGAUUUGGAUUCGCUGGUCGAUCAUUUGGUCAAGUUGGCUACACCGUCAGGCGGACAAAGUUAGUUAGAUUAACUGUCCAUGUGCACGGAACGUGGAAGCUGUAGUUCUUGAACCGAAAUCUUGGCGCCUUUUUCUUGUUUGGUUUGAUAUCUUCUUUUGGCCACCAUUCAUGAGCCUUAUUUGGCCUCAUGAACUGCAGGUCAUGAGCAAGUUUCCCAGGCUUUUUGUGAAAGGCGGAGAAUCUGUUAUCUUUUCUAGCUUCGAGUAUAUCUAAGUUUCUGAACCCAUACAGUGAUCACCAACCUGCAAAUAUAUGGUCUCCAUAGCUGCUACUGCAACAGUGAUCUUCAUAACCAACUUUACAGCAUUGACCGUGAAAACGUUAGUACUGACAUCUCUGAGAACUUUGGUUCGUAAUUCAUGGCUGGCAACUGGCAAGCUUCCUCAGUUCCUCUGGUGGUGCCACUUAUUUCCAUCCGUUGGAAAAAUCGCACCCCUAAAUAGCUCGCUCUAAUUCCGAGAUUAUACUCCCCCUAAUGUAAUAGGCAACAAUGGAAGUAUAAACAUAAACACAGACUUCAAUCAGCAGAAGGAAGAAGCAAAGCAGAAGAAUUCUGAAGUCAGAGAGACUAAUCAAAAAUAGGCAUGCAUACCUUUCCAUAGUUGGGGAAGUUGGUUUUCAGUAUGUUUAAAAAUUAACAGGAUCCAUUGUAUAAAUUUCAUUUUGGCAUGGAGCAAGGAUACGAUACAUUUUGUGUUUAUUAGCAAGAGAUGUCUGAUAAUGUUAUGGAAGAGUGAAUCAUAGUGAAGAAGGUGCAUCAGCAUUGGAACAACAACGGAGACCACCACCGAUUAUUCGAUGUAGAACAGCGCAUACUGUGAAACAAAUACGAUAUAACGUCAACGACUCACAAAGAAGCAGGGCGAUGGAAUUAUGGAACUAACCCAGAGAAAGAACAAGCCAGAGAACUGCCACAGGAAGGCCACCCAUCUUGAGAGAUCAGGUCAGGAUGAUACAGAAACCAGAAAACUAAACUGCACAAGUUUAAAUACAUUCAGUCAUUUACCAUAGUUUUUAUCCCUGUACUUUCAUUCUUAACCUCGAAGUUUAUCUUGCCAUUAUUUUAACAAUCAUGGAUUCUCUUAGAAAUACAUUUUAAACUGAUUUUAUCAGCCCAACCGUGUAGUAUUUGAAUUUUGGAUAGCAGUUAAUUUUCAAAAGGUAAGAAAAACGAAAUGCAGUAUUUUCAACUCCGACCAGAACCUUGAGAGUUUCUCAAACUAAUUAUUCAGUUAGAAAUGAUAUUUUAACAAACACUGCAGGUAACAUGGAGGUUCCUACCAAACUAAAUAGCUUUCAUGCUAGCUGAUACUGCCAUUGAUGGGAACAAAACAAUAGUCACUAAAUGAAUUUUCACACAGCAGAUUGCAGCAAGUUAGACACUGUCUGUAUAACAAUUGAUGUUACCUAGUAAUGAUCUUCCUUGGAGCUCAUUGUUAAAGUUUGUUGGUUCUUCCGUCUGUUGCAGAUUUCAGCUACCGCCCUCGAUCAUUAUGCCUCAGGGGAAUCGCCUGUCGACAGACAAGUUGUAAUUCAUUGGCGUAACUGUAGAGAGCUUCAUCAGCUUCCACAUAGAGACCCGACUGGCUGCAGCCCUUACAAAUAUGUAUCAACCAUGGAAGGAUCGUGAUGAACUAUUGGCUCGAUUGAGGUAAGUCAGAAAUCAUGCUGAAAACACUUUCCCCUUCCAUUUCUUCAAUCAUAUUAGCAUUUUGAUUGACUUCAUAAGCUCUAACCAGAGAGACACAUUUGCAGAACAUAUCACACUCAAAGCAACUGUGUAUGAGUCCAAUCGCAUGAUAAGCAGAGGCUGCUGACAGGUAAUAAACUCCACACAGCUCA